AAAAUAUCAAAAACUGUCAAAACUGAAUUUGUUUGUGUUUCUUUAUAUUUUAGAUACGCAUGGCAGAAAAAGAUGUUAGCACGGAAUUUACGAAUUCGUUAGAUACAUUCUCUCGGGAUUUAUAUGAUAAGCUAGUGGGCGUAUCAGCCGAUAAGGAUCUAAUAUGUUCUCCUCUUUCGAUUCAAAUCUGCGCUGGAAUGUUGCGCAUGGGCGCCAAAGAUGAUAGCGAAACCAGCCGUCAGCUGGACGCCGGACUGAAGUUCAGCUCGACCGAUGUCAGUCAUAUAGCUGAUGGCUUUCAUAGCGCUCUCCAGUAUUACCAGAAGUACAGUGUGUUGCGCAUGGCCAACAAGGUGUACAUUAUGGAUAAUAUUCACUUACGCCAUGACUUCAGCGAUGCGCUGACUCAGAAGUUUCUCUCAGCUCCCGAGUCUAUCAAUUUUCGAAAUGCCCAGAAAUCGGCUGCCACUAUCAAUGCCUGGGUGGAGUCUCAGACGAAUAAUCUCUUGAAGGACCUGGUUAGCCCAGAUUCUCUCAGCUCAGAUACACGUCUUGUGCUGAUCAACGCGGUGUAUUUCAAGGGUGCUUGGAAUACUAAAUUCAAUGAAAAGCAAACUCGUAACGAAGAUUUCUUUGUGGAUGACAAAAAUAAGAUUCAAGUAUCUAUGAUGAACGCAACACACGAUUACUUCUAUGGCGAACUCCCUAAUUUGGAUGCCAAAGCCUUGCGGAUGUCCUAUAAAGAUACUGAAUUGUUCAUGUUGGUCCUUCUGCCCAACAGAAAAGACGGCCUAGCGGAUCUGGAGAAUGGUCUAAAAUCAACAACCCUUGAGAGCAUCACAUCUGUACUAUUCCACACCAAAGUAUCUGUCAAAUUGCCCAAAUUCAAAACUGAAUUCAGUAUGGAAUUGACACCUGUCUUCCAAGCCAUGGGCAUGGAUAUAAUAUUUAACAAUCCGGAAUUCGAUAAAAUGCUCGAGAAGAUAGAGCCUCUGAAAGUAUCCCAAAUUGUGCACAAGGCAUUCAUUGAGGUUAACGAAGAGGGUACCGAAGCUGCUGCUGCAACUGCUAUGCUAGUUUAUUUUGAAAUGAUGACACCUACCGAGGAUGAGCCCAAAAUUUUUCACGCUGAUCAUCCAUUUUGCUAUAUUAUCUGUGACAAAGUCUACGGUUGUCUUUUCAUGGGCAAUUUUAAACAGAGAGAUCCGAGCUCAAUAAAAACACCAGAGCUAUGCACACCCUGUAAAUCAGAAUGUCCAAGAUUACAUGCAAAAAAAUGAACUAUAUAGGCACAUUGUUCAAAGGAAAUAAGCAAAAGACAGUUUAUUUAAUUUUUAAUAUACCUACCGAAGUUUAACCGAUUGUAAACACAGCCUAAAUAAAAAAUAAUUAAAAUCUUC